AUGAUGUCCCUCGGUGUCAGCAAAGGACGUGUGAUUACACCUACAGAUGAGGAUCGCAGGAGGAUCAUAAGGCAGAUGAAGGUUCGUACCACGCUGAAAGGGGAUAAGAGUUGGAUCCAUCACCAGAAUUCAGAUUCUGAAGAGGAGAAGAAGAGCAGCCCAUUGUCUGGACAGGCUGAUGGAGGAUCUUCAGUCUCAGCACCUAUUGCACCCCAGAGCGACAGGUCUUCUGCUUCCAAGCCUCAGUCCGGUUACCUAAUCAGGGGAGUGUUCACAAGAACCAUUGAUAAGACUCCUUCCUUACCAGAUUCUUCAUCUUCCAAAGAAGCAAAGAAAAGCACUGGAGCAAAGGGAUCCAGCCAGUGCCGUUCUUCCUCUGGCUACCGGAUGACAACUGAGGAUUACAAGAAACUAGCUCCAUAUAAUGUCAAGCAAAGGUCAGUGGACCUGGACGAGGAGGAUGUCCCUUUUACUCCAGAUGAACAUAAAAAGAGGACAGAGGCAGCCAACAGCGUCCUGAGACGCACUGCCAGCAGGGAACGUGCUUACGUCCUCUCAGCGGCCAAGAAAAGCAACGGCAGCCCAACACAAGAAUUCCCACCCUUGUUCGCCAAGAGAAUUGAGAUAGAAGAAGAAGAAGGACAGCAGAGGAGGAAUCCAACUGUGUCAGAUUCAUGCAAGUUUACGUCGGAUAGCAAAAGUUUUAAUGCGCUAGGAAAAAACACAGUUGUGUCUUCACAGAAUGAGCCAAGGACAACAGCCAAUGUCUCUCCUUGCAGCACUGAAACAAGCAGUAAGAGCCAAACAGCCACAUCCUUGAGUGAAACUUCACAGAGAAUCUCCACUCAUACUGAAAUCAGAAAUGGUGAAAACAGACAGGCCUCUAAUGAGAAUUUCUCAUCUGAAACUAGGUCACAGUAUGGGGAUGGUGACAAACAUCUCAAGCAAAAGUCUGAGCUAUUCUCAUGGGAUGAAUCGGCCUCCAGAGCAACCGCAGUUUCCACAAAUGGAAGUUACCCAGAAAACACAGACACCACCAAUGCAUUUUAUCCACCAAAGUCCAACUCUGGUUGCGGGGACAAAAUUGCAGAUGCUACAACAAAGCUGCACUGUCAGUAUGAGGUCUCUCCAUACCUGGAUGAUGCAAAGUCUGAAGCUGCAAGGUCUAAUGUCCCCAGUCCUCUCACUGACAGAACCACUGUGCACCCAGAAAACACAGAAUAUUAUUUUAAAAGGUCUGCCCAAGGGUACGAAGAGGAGACCACCCCUAGAGAAAGGGGGCAUGAGACCACACGGGCCAUAGAUGAACGUAAAUCAGAGCUGCACCCAGAAGGGUUUUCUGACUCAAACAACCAUACUGAGAAGCAAGAAGAACCUCCUGAUCAUGACACUCACCCAGAAUCUCCCAGAUCAAAGGAACAUGCUGAGUUUGAACAGAGGAUGGCUAAGUCCAGGACAUACCCCAAGGACAGCACCAGCAGGAGCACAGACGUUAACAAGGGGAGCCUGCCCUGUGUGCAGAGUGAAGAAGCCAGUUCAAGAAGGUCCAGCUCCCUACCUAGAGAAAGCAGCAUCACUGCUCCAGAAAGCCAAUGGGCAAACAAAUCUGACUCUUGCCUGGAAAGGGUCACUCCAGCUUAUGAAGAACAAGCCUCUACCACCAGAGAUAGUCACCAUGAGAGCCUGGGAGCCCCGAUAUGCAAUGAACCUAAUCUGAUGGCAGCAAGGUCUAACUUCAGCUCUAAAGAGAGUACUCUCAGUGCAUACGAGACCCAACAUCCUAUGCCACUGUAUGUGGACCGCCAGCCUUAUAACACCAGUGUGUCAGCACCCAGUCACAGGAUGCCAUCCUAUAUAGCCAGCCAAGUAUUCAGCACUCAAAGACCUGCCACGGAUUACCAAGGGACAGUUUAUGAUGGCAGAAGUAGCCCUAGAAGCAGCAGAUAUGACAGUGCUAGUGCUAAAGAAUCCUGUGAAUUUAAUUGUAUCACUUCCUUUCCUAAUCACUAUCCUCUUUCCAGAGAUACUACAAUGUCCAUUCCCCAGAGAAGCCACAGGGUGCCGUUCUACAUGGACAGCUCAGACUAUAACAGCACCAGGCUUCUCUCAAGUUCAAGUGAGAGGAUCGCCACUCCGACAGCCACCUUGCAGUACGACAGCCCAGCGGCCUCUGGGUAUGGGCCUGACUCCAGUGCCACCGGAAAAGGGGUCCUCUUUGUGAAGGAGUACAUGAACAGCAGUGAGUUAUCAUCCUCCCCACGCUAUGGCAGUGGCAGCCUUGUAAAUUUGACUGACUUGGAGAGAGCAACCUCCAGCCACCACAGCUACCUGUCCAGCUCUCCCCGGCAGAGGUCCAAUGAAGCUGUUUGCAGUUACUGUGGCCGUGAGAUUCGAGACUGCCCUAAGAUCAUCAUAGAGCACCUUAACAUCUGCUGCCAUGAAUACUGUUUCAGGUGUGGAAUUUGCCACAAAGCAAUGGGAGAUCUUCUGGAUAAAAUAUUCAUCCACCGGGACAUCGUCCACUGCGACAAGUGCUAUGAGAAGCUCUUCUAG